AUGUUGUGGUGGAACGCACCUUACAAUCGAUUACUGCACUUGUCAUUGAUAUUUGGCGUAGUUCCGUGGCUUUAUAGCUUUUUCAAUGAAAAACAUCGAAUACAGUCAUACUCAGUUGAACAGACUGUGAUGUUAGCGUGGGACAAAGUUAUUGCUCAACCGUCUAUACUUUUUCGACGGGCAGUGAUAGGGAUUAAUUGUAAUGUUGAUAUGGUUGUUACUGGCACAAGUCUGUUGGAAAGCUUGAAUGCUACUCCAACCCUUAGAAAGGAUCAUGAGGUAAUCAGCAAUGUCAAUGACUUAUAUGAAGCUUUUGCAUAUUUCUUUUCGCGAGGUGCUGCUGCAGAAAGGUAUAUGUCAGAUUCAAAACUCUUUGAUGCUCUAGUACAGUUUGCCAGUGAACCUCGUCAAAGGCCUCACUAUUACAUUGGUGGAAAUGCUGCCUUAAUGGCUGAAAAGAUAGCUACUGCUUUUCCAAGAACCACUGCCUAUUUAGUUGGUCCUAUUGGACCUCGAAGCCAGGCUUUACUCCAUCCAUCAAUUGUGCGUACUAAUUCAACUCGUAUCGUAAAAGAUGAGUUGCAUAUCAUCAUGGAAUACAAGCAGGGUGAAAUUUUAGGGGAAUAUGUAGCAUCAGCUUCAUCUCGUUUCAUUACUUCACAUGAUCAAUAUAGUGGCAGUUCAGUGGUGAUUGAAAUGUUUUUCAAAGCAAUCAGUCAGUCUAAUCCUGAUUUGGUCAUUUUAACUGGUGUUCAUUUACUACAAAACCAGAAUAAAGAAAUGAGAAUGGAGAAACUUCGUUUAAUUAAGCGAAAUUUAUUGCAAGUAAGUCGUAAUGUUCCCAUUCAUCUUGAAUUGGGAAAUAUGGGUAAUCCUGAUCACGUCGCUGAAGUUCUAAAUAGAAUAAUCCCAUAUGUUGAUUCUUUGGGAUUAAACGAACAAGAGCUAGCAUUUCUAUCAAAUGUUGCUGGUGGACCUUAUACAGACCUUUAUCCAGUAUCUCCUGGUGCGGUACAUGUACACAAGAUGGUUGAAAUGCUCUACUGGCUACUCACGAAAUUUGGACAUGAUGGCAGUUCUCCUGAAUCGAAAAAUUACAAGUACAGAUUGUCAAGAAUACAUUUUCACUCUUUGACUUUUCAUUUAAUGGUGUACAAAGGAACAGAUUGGUCGAAUCUUGCUGCUGGCUUAGCUGCGGGGGCUAGAGUUGCAGCUCGUCAGUCUUGCAAAAUUACAAACGACAUGAAUACAGAUGAUUUGGAGCUGAGGGUGUCAAUGUCUCAUUUACUAGAUAAAGAAGUUGGGAAGGAAUACGUUUUUGAACCUCAAAAACCCAUAGCGUCGUGGAUGCGUAAUGAAGUUGUGUUUAUAUAUACUCCAGCACUUAUAUGCAAAGUUCCAUCCAAAACAGUUGGCAUUGAUGAUGCGAUUUCAACUACUGGCCUUAUAUUUUCUCAAUAUAUACAUAAAUGUUUUGAACAUAUAAUUGGAAAGUCUAGAAUGGCGUUUGUUAGGAGACAUAUCUUGGCUUUUCUCAAGCAAACACAGUUCACUAGAAGGGAUUUAAGUGCUAAGAUUGGUGGACCUGUUGAAUGGUUAGAUGAUGCUGUAACUCAUGCUGAUGUGCGAGCUGCUUUUGUUGAUCCAUGUACUUCAUUGCCUUACCCUGAAAAGGAGCUGCAUCGAUUCUUAGCAAAAAAUACUAUAUCAGAAAAAGAGAAUAUAAAGGAUGGAGCUCGUCGCAAAACUAAGGCUAGUGCGAAACUUGAUUUUAGUCAUAUACCUAUCGAAAAGCAAGUGGUUGUUUUAUUUCCUGGACAGGGAGCUCAACACAUUGGUAUGGGUGAAAAAAUCAAAGACUGCCCAAAGGUGAUUGAUAUAUACAAUGAAGCUUCAGAAAUAUUGCAGUAUGAUUUGUUGAAGUUGUGUUUGGAAGGUCCAAAAUCAAAACUUGACCAGACUAUUUACUGUCAGCCUGCUGUUUUCGUUACCUCAGUCGCUGCUUGGGAAAAAGCCAAGUUAGAAAAUGAGACAUUAAGUAGUCACACAACCGAUGUUGCUGGUUUUAGUAUUGGGGAAUUUGCUGCUUUUGUUUUGUCCGGAAUACUUUCUUUUCAAGAUGCCGUUCAAUUAGUGAAAGUUAGAGCAGAUGCAAUGCACCAAAGUAGUAUGAAACUUCCUUCCGGUAUGAUAACAGUGCGAGUAAAUGCGGCUUCGCGGUUGGAAGAAGCCCUAGAUGACGCUAAGGAGCAUUGUUGGGAGAAAGGUGAGUUGCCAAUUUGUGAAAUAGCCAAUUAUUUGUUUUGUGGUGUCAAAGUGGUCGGAGCAUCCGAGACUUCCAUGCAGUUUCUUGAGAACAAUCAAGAAAAAUAUAGAUUCCAGAUUGUUAAAAAGUUGGCUGUAAAUGGCGCAUUUCACACCAGUUUGAUGAAGGACGCUGCUCUAACUUUAAAAAAUGCUCUUAAAGACAUAAAAAUUAAUCAGCAGCCUCAAGUAAAUGUUUACUCAAAUUAUACGGGCAAAUUGCAUGUAUACAAUGAAAGGCAUAUACGUGAAGCAAUGACUAAACAAGUUUAUUCACCAGUAAAAUGGGAGCAAAUCCAACAGUUACUUCAUGCCAAGCAUCAAAACUAUGCAUUUCCUACGUUCAUGGAAAUCGGACCCGGAAAACAGCUUGGUGCAAUGCUUUUAAAAAUCAGUAAAAAAGCUUACAAGAAUUAUGUGAGCUACAGUGUGUAAGU